AUGGCAGACACCGGAAAUCAGCAGAACCCUUUGGACGGGUUAGACAAACGUCUACCUGAGAAUUGCGUCGAAUACCUGCUGUUCCUCGUCGACCAAAAUUCGACUGACCGCCGCAAGGAGCUUUCAAAGCUUGAAGACGUUCGAAAAAAUGCCCUGGCGUCAGCCAAAGACGUGGCAAGCGACUACAUAUGGCAACGAGGAGAAUUCAGCCUUGAGGUGAAAAGUGACCAGGGACUCGCCUAUGUCCACGGCAUCACGGAUUACGGCGACUCUGUGGAAGAUGAGUGGCUCAUUGUCUUCCUGUUGAGGAAACUGAGUCUCGCCAACCCAAAUCUCUGGAUACGCAUAUUUGACAGCGACGGGGAGUUCCUCCUCAUCGAAGCAGCCAAUGUACUCCCAGCAUGGCUCAACCCCGAGAUGGAUCGCAACCGCGCAUGGCUGCACCAGGGAAAACUCCACAUCAUCCCCCUGAACGACAAGGGAAGCAACAAGAUCCUCUCGCUACCGGAUGCCCUGGCCCUCAUCCGAUCGAGCCCAAAGAGUCUCGUCCAGUCCGACCUCAUCGAUGCCGAAGCCUUCUACCGGCUCGAAAAGUAUCCGGAGCAGAUCGCCAAUUCGCUCCACCACUCGCUCGUCACGAUCCCGCGCAAGCUGGCCCUCGUCCUCCACGAAGCGCCCAAGGCCAUGGCGCCCGCCGUCGAGGCCUUCUACCUACGUGACCCCAUCGCCCUGCAACCCUUCCUCUCGUCAUCCGCCGACCUCCACUUCCCGCCGCAAGACCUCGUCACCGUCAGCGCAACCUUCACGCGCGUCCUCUUCGCCCAGCUCCGCUCCCAGCGCUUCGACCUCCCGCAGCCGUGGGCGGACUUCGUCCAAAAGGCCCCCGACGACCAGGCCCGGCGCCGCCUCGAGACGGGCGCCAAGCUCGCCUGCGGCUUCGACAUGAUGGUCAAGCGCCUCGACAGGACAGACCUGCGCGCCGCGCGCGAGGUCGGCAUCCUCCUCGACGAUCUGCGCGAGGACGGCGACGCGGCGCUGCCGACGGACGACGAGAUCAAGGCGUGGACCGACGCGGGCCGCGACGACGACGACGCCUGGCUCGACAUCAACUACGAGGACUUUGAGCGUGAGCUCGACGGGAAGAGCGGCGGCGGCGGCAACAGCAACGGCCGUAAGCAGGACGGGGCCGCCAAGUCGGGCUUUGGCGACGCCACCGCCCAAGCGGACCUGCGGAAGCUCGUGUCGCGAUUUGAGUCGUUCCUCAACGACGACGCUGCGGGCGUCGACGGCGCCGGAGACGACGACGAUGACGAGAUGGACCGCGACAACGACACGGACAGCCUGGGCUCGUGGGACGACGACAGCGAGGACGAGGACAAGGCGGUGAGCUUUGACGAGGAGGCGUUUGCCCGCAUGAUGAGAGAGAUGAUGGGCCUCCCGUCGACGACGGGGGCCGAGGGGCCGCCGGCAGGCGUCCCCAGCAGCAGCAGCACCACCACGUCACGAAAAACGGCAACGAUCGACCAAGACGACCAGGGCAUCCGAGACCUGGCAGCGCAGUUUGAGGCGGAACUGAACGAACACGGGGCGCUCAAGCUGGACCCCACCCCCGACAAGAAGCUGGCGGCGCUAAAGGGAAAGGGGAAAGAAGAGGCGACACGGCUACGACCACGGCCGCCGCGGCAGGACGAGGAGGCGGAGGCGCCCGGGAGCGACGAGGACGAGAGCACGGACGGCGAGAUGGACAUUGACUACAAUCUCGCCAAGAACCUGCUGGAGAGUUUUAAGGGGCAAGCCGGCAUGGCCGGGCCUGCGGGCAACAUGUUGGGCAUGAUGGGCAUGCAGCUGCCGCGCGACGAAGACUUUGGCGAUGAUGAUGUUAGUCAUGCUGCCGGUGCGAAGAAGGCAGAAAAGUGA